CAUCUUGAAGCGUCGGUGAUGGUGGCGAGCGGUGCCUUUCCUGCCUGAACUGAGGCAGCCCGGGGCCUGCGGCGGGGCUGCGCGCUUGCCGAGACCAGCAUGUUUUGGAAAUUUGAUCUCCAUUCGUCAUCCCACAUAGAUACGCUUCUAGAGAGAGAAGAUGUGACACUGAAGGAGCUGAUGGAUGAGGAGGAUGUUCUGCAGGAGUGCAAGGCUCAGAAUCGCAAACUGAUUGAGUUUCUGCUGAAGUCAGAAUGCUUGGAGGACUUGGUUUCGUUUAUCAUCGAAGAGCCACCGCAAGACAUGGACGAAAAGAUUCGAUAUAAAUACCCAAACAUAUCGUGUGAGCUGCUGACAUCAGAUGUCUCACAAAUCAACGACAGGCUGGGAGAAGAAGAAUCCUUACUUGUGAAACUGUACAGCUUCCUUUUAAAUGAAUCUCCUCUAAACCCUCUAUUGGCCAGUUUCUUCAGCAAGGUGCUAAGUAUUCUUAUAAGCAGGAAACCAGAACAGAUUGUGGAGUUUUUAAAGAGGAAACAUGAUUUUGUAGACCUCAUCAUUAAGCACAUAGGGACCUCUGCUAUCAUGGAUUUGUUGCUCAGGCUACUGACUUGCAUAGAACCUCCCCAGCCCCGGCAAGAAGUGUUAAAUUGGCUAAACGAGGAGAGAAUUAUCCAGCGGCUUGUGGAAAUUGUCCAUCCAUCUCAAGAUGAAGAUAGGCAUUCAAAUGCUUCCCAGUCGCUCUGCGAGAUCAUUCGCCUAAGCAGAGACCAGAUGUUGCAAGUGCAGAACAGCUCAGAACCAGACCCACUGCUGGCAAGUCUGGAGAAGCAAGAAAUAAUAGAGCAGCUUCUGUCUAACAUCUUCCAUAAAGAAAAGAAUGAGUCUGCAAUAGUCAGUGCAAUCCAGAUCCUCCUGACCCUGCUGGAGACACGGCGGCAGACGUUUGAAGGCCACAUAGAGGUCUGUCCUCCAGGCAUGAGCAAUUCAACCUACUCAGUCAACAAAAGUGUUUUAGAAGCCAUAAAAGCACGACUGUCAUCCUUCCAUGAGCUCCUGCUUGAGCCUCCAAAAAAGAGUGUCAUGAAAACAACCUGGGGUGUGUUGGAUCCACCUGUGGGAAACACACGUUUGAAUGUCAUCAGGUUAAUAUCUAGCCUGCUGCAGACCAAUACAGGCAGUGUCAAUCAAGAGCUCAUAGAGCUUAACAGCAUAGGAGUCAUACUGGACAUGUUCUUCAAGUACACAUGGAACAACUUUUUGCAUACCCAAGUAGAAAUCUGUAUUGCAUUGAUUCUUGCAAGUCCUCUGGAGAGCACAGAAAACAGCACAAUCACAGAUCAGGAUUCCACAGGGGACAAUCUGUUGCUGAAACAUCUCUUCCUUAAGUGCCAACUUAUAGAACGAAUACUUGAAGCCUGGGAGAUGAAUGAGAAGAAGCAGGCUGAAGGAGGCAGGCGGCACGGCUACAUGGGGCACCUGACCAGGAUAGCAAACUGCAUUGUGCACAGCACAGACAAGGGGCCAAACAGCUCACUAGUCCAGCAGCUCAUCAAAGAGUUGCCAGAAGAGGUCAGGGAGCGAUGGGAGACAUUCUGCACAAGCUCUUUAGGAGAAACUAACAAGAGGAACACUGUGGACUUGGUUACUACCUGCCACAUUCAUUCUUCCAGUGAUGAUGAAAUUGACUUCAAAGAAACUGGCUUCUCCCAGGAUUCCUCUUUGCAGCAGGCCUUUUCUGAUUAUCAGAUGCAACAAAUGACGUCCAAUUUUAUUGACCAGUUCGGCUUCAACGAUGAGAAGUUUGCUGACCAAGAUGACAUUGGCAAUGUUUCUUUUGAUCGAGUCUCAGACAUCAACUUUACUCUCAAUACAAAUGAAAGUGGCAACAUCGCCUUGUUCGAGGCCUGCUGCAAGGAGCGGAUACAGCAGUUCGAUGAUGGUGGCUCUGAUGAAGAAGACAUUUGGGAAGAAAAACACAUUGCAUUUACACCAGAGUCCCAGAGACGUUCCAGCUCGGGCAGUACGGACAGUGAAGAAAGCACAGAUUCUGAAGAGGAGGAUGGAGCCAAGCAGGACCUGUUUGAGUCGCACACCAACACAGAGGACAAAAUGGAAGUAGACUUAAGUGAACCACCAAACUGGUCAGCUAACUUUGAUGUACCCAUGGAGACCGCACAUGGUGCCAGUCUGGAUUCUGUUGGGUCUGAUGUGUGGAGUACAGAAGAACCUAUGCCAGCUAAAGAAACUGGCUGGGCUUCCUUUUCUGAGUUCACAUCUUUGAGCUCAAAAGAUUCCUUAAGAAGUAAUUCUCCUGUGGAAAUGGAAACAAGCACAGACCCAAUUGAUCCCUUGAGUGCAAAUACACCUGCUCUUGCAGCACAGCUAGACACCCCAGGAAGUGUUGCCAUGGAGGCCAGCUCGGAUGAAGAUGAUGCAGAGAGUGCAGACAAGAUAACGGAGACGGUGAUGAAUGGCAGCAUGAAGGAGACCCUGAGCCUUACCGUAGACGCUAAAACUGAAACGGCUGUCUUCAAAAGAGUGUUGAAAUCCUAUCGUGAGGAAGGAAAAUUGUCUACCUCCCAAGAUCCUUCUUGUAAAUAUGUAGUAGAAGAGAACACAGAGGUUGCAGAAGAGACUCCUUCAGCUCUGCAGCCUACUAGCAACAGUCCAGAUCAGAGGCCUGACCAGCACACCCACCUCGGAGAGGCAGCUGCCAACGGCCCCGUAUGAUGCGCGUCGCCGCCGCUGCCUUGGCUGAGCAACACAAACUGAUUCUCCAGGGGUCUUUCGGAGCGUUUCUGGAGGAUUUCAUCUUGACCCUUGUUGAAGCCAGUCACUGCUGCACUAAUUUCGUGAGGGAUCAGGACCAGCAACCUUUCUAUUCUAGAUUUUAAGAUAUUGUACAGAGAUUCCUAAAUGUGUAAAGAUGCUGCGCCGCGAGGAGCCGCCGCCUGUUUAUAUCGGAUUGCCCCGCGGCAGGCGGCUGCCGCCCCGCACCCGACAGUACUGUUACUAGAGCUCGAGUGGCUGUAAGAAUAGUUUUAUAAGAGGAGAAAAACAAACCAGAAAAACAAAGUGAAUACACAAAUCGAAUGGAUUUGAGACGUAACUAUUUGCUGAUUAGUGUGACCAAAGUAUUUAGCAGUUUUCAUACCUUUUUGGGUUGUUCGUUGUUUUUUUUGCCACCUUGUAAAGAAAGAAAAGAAAGAAACCAAACCCAAGCAAAUUCAGCUUUCUUCUCAGAUGCCCUUUCCCUGCUCUUUUGGGUUAUUCUAGCUGACAAAACUGAUUUCCAGAAGGAUACAUUUUUUUGUUGUUUUCCUUUCCCUUUUUUGGUGUUUGACAUUUUUACAAGAGGUUGGUUUGUUUGUUUGUUUUUAAUUGGUAAUUGUUUGGGGUUUAUUUUUUUUUCUCUCUCUCUCUCUUGUAUCAUUUAAAGGCCAGAUCCAAAAUGUUAAGUCUAUGGGUAGAGGUUUUAAGUAUUUAUUGCUGCGACUUAGUUGACAAAUCGAUGUUCCUGUAAAGCCAUAAUGUUCUGUUUUUGGUCUCGUUUGCUUGCCCAGUACCUGCCAGGUGGAACACUAGGAUAUUUGAAGUGCACAUGGCUGUUGUAUUGCAAUGGUUCACCUGCCUUUUUAACCCCUUCACCACCACCCCCCACACACUCACCACCCAGCCUUGUCCAGCGGAGCCUUGCAGAGCAGUCUGGCGUCCUUGGAGACAAGGGAGGAAGGGAAAUGCCUGUGUUGCUGCUGGGGUGCCAGUUCCCUGCAUUUUCAGAGGAGAGAGUGGUUUUUUAAUCCGGAUUUUUUGGCAGCAGAGCAUGUUAAUUGUUACUCUCACUGUACUGAUCUGUGUGAGGCUUUCAUUUGUAUGUUCUCUAAGCCAGUUUUUUCCCGGCUGGUUUGUGUAUAUAUAUAAUGAUUAUGGAAACUAAUUCUGUGUAAUUUAUAAUUUUCUAUGUCAAUGGAAAAUUCCAGCAGCCUUCUCCAACAAACAGAAGCAAUAUACUGGAUAUUGCCACAUUGUCAGGUGAAAGGGUUAAAUCACUUCACCUCCUGCACUUUUCGAGGCAAUCCUUCUUCCUGUAAUAGUUCUCUUCCUUUCUUUUUACAUCCUUCGUUUUCCUCGCCAGUAUUUAAAGCCAAAAGGAUACUCUAAGCACUGCCCAAUGAUUUCUUUCAGAAGGCAUCCCCAGUGAGGUGCCCGAAGGUGACAUUGCAUACAGAAAUAAAGCACGCCCCAGCCCCCACAUCUACAAAGGCAUUGCCCUGCUGCUUCCUCCUUUGCAUUUCCUGCAGCCGGUUGGUGCCACUUGGCGGCGCAAAUGGUGCAAAGGGCUGAGUCGUGUGGGAAGUGAGGGGGGGAAAAGCACUCUGUCCUGGGUGGAACUGGUAGCUGUGGUUGCCCUUUUCUUUGUACUUUAUAAAUGAUGGAAUCCAGUCA